AUGGGCAAUAAUGGUAACAAAGAAUUACAAGAAAAAAAAACCCAUGUGGGUAAUCAUCGCAAAAACUCACUUAUAACUCCAAGAAAUGAUGAAUCAGAUUUGCAAUCUACAUCAAAAAAAGAGUUACGAAAAGAAUCAGAAAUACCAAAUCAACAACAUGAUAAAUUAAAGGAUCCAUCCGAUGAAAGACCUAUUGAAUUAUCAUGGUUACAACAAAAUAAAAGUCAUGAUAAUUAUAAUCGAAUGAGUCAUCCUCAUCACCAACAUACAAAAAAGCAUCAUCAUCAUCAUCAUCAUCAUCACUCCCAUCAUCACAAUCAUAAUCCUAACCAUGAACAUCUUUCUCGACCACCGUUAGCAAUUAAUAGACGGCCUAAAGAUGAUGAUCAAGUUGAAAAACAAACAAAAUCUUUCAUCGAAGAAUAUAUUCGUCGAUAA